AUGACGCACCUUCUUCCGCCCAGCCUUUUGCGGCUGUUCGCGGCGCGGCCACCACUGGAGUACGCUGCGCCGCUAGUGUACGAUCCUAACCCAAAUGCAACACCGCUGCCAAAAGACCGUUCGCUUAUUUCGAAGCGCAAAUCCAUCCGGUCUCCACUCACAGGCGUGGCGGCUACGCUGGAGCUGGUCAAGCAGGAAGCGGCGGAUCGUGGCGAGUCGACGGACGACAUUGCGCACGAGUCGUCGUCGGCCAACAUGACACUUGCACGCGUAACACUGGCCGAGAUGGAUGCAGAAGCCAAAAAGGCAGCCAAGGCCGAAGUGAAGCAGCGCGGGCUGGAGGAGUAUAAGCCGCACGACAACGCCGAAGCCACACCCGAUGCGUACAAGACGCUCUUCCUCGCACGACUCGCAUACGACGUGACAGAGAAGGACCUGCACAGGGAGUUUGACAUGUACGGUCCCAUCGAAACGAUCCGUCUGGUUCGGGAUCGAGAGGGUAAAAGUCGCGGAUACGCAUUCAUCGCCUACGAGAGGGAACGCGAUAUGCGCGCAGCAUGGAAGGAUGCCGAGGGCAUCAAAAUCAACGGCCGCAGAGUCAUGGUCGACGUGGAACGUGGUCGAACCGUCAAAGACUGGAAACCAACCCGUCUCGGCGGAGGUCUCGGUGGCUCAAGUAGGAAACCCAAAAAGGCUCCCGAACCAUCCGAACCCGCCCCCGGCCCAGGCUUCGCAGGCGGUGGAUUCAGAGGCGCACCAAGAGGCGGCUUCAGAGGCAGAGGUUCCUUCGCACCACGAGGCUCCUACGGACCCCCAAGAUCCUUCGCCCCCCAACAAAGAUCCUACGACAACGGCUACACCUCCAGACCCUACAAUGCUGCCCCACCACAAAACACAUCGCGAUACAACAACCCAAGAGACAGAGACAGAGACUAUCCUGCCUCCUCCUACAAUACGCGCCCGUCUUACGACGACCCCCUACCACCCGCAAAACGCGGCCGCUACUGA